CAAAAAGAAAGGCCCAAUAAGAAAACGCCCAUCACAAUGACAUAUAUUCCUUCUCCUAUAUAAAUAGCUUCUAUUCCUUUUGAGUCUAUACUCUUUAUAGUAUAUACCAAAUAAGUGAACAGCACUUCUUUCCUUCACUUCACCACUCGGAUUUGAGUUCAAGUUGUGGCUGCUUUCUACAAAUCAUAUUUCCUGCUUGUAUAGAUGGAUGACGGGAUGGAAACAAAGCUUAUUCAACAAGGACAAGAAGAUGAUGAUGACUUGAAACGAAGGAUAUGGGUCGAAUCAAAAAAGAUAUGGAGGGUCGCGUUGCCUGGUAUUAUAGCAAGGGUUUGCGCUUUUGGAACUCUUGUUGUCACUCAGUCAUUCAUCGGACAUAUCAGUGAAACAGAUCUUGCUGGCUAUGCACUUGUUCAAACACUUAGUGUUCGGUUUGUCAAUGGAAUACUUUUGGGAAUGUCGAGUGCAACUGAAACCCUUUGUGGACAAGCAUUUGGAGCCCGACAAGACCAUAUGAUGGGUAUUUACUUGCAACGAUCAUGGAUUGUGGAUUUGAUUACUUUGACGAUCUUGCUCCCAGUCUUCAUCUUUGGAACACAAAUCUUUAAGCUUGUAGGCGAGGAAGAAUCAAUAGCAAACAGUGGAGGAUACAUAUCAUUAUGGUUCAUCCCUUUUGUAUACAACUUCGUUUUCAGCUUGACCAUACAAAUGUAUCUUCAAGCACAAUCAAAGAACAUGAUCAUUGCAUGGAUUUCGAUUUUCCAAUUCACGAUCCAUAUACCUUUGUCGCUACUUUUUAUAUAUAAGCUGAACAUGGGGCUCUCAGGUGCCAUGCUUGCAUUGUCGUUUUCAUCUUGGUUCCUUGUGAUUGGCGAAUUCAUCUACAUUUUUGGAGGAUGGUGUCCGCAUUCAUGGAAAGGAUUCACAGUUGCUGCUUUUAAGGAUCUGUUACCUGUUGUGAAGCUCUCAAUAUCCUCUGGUGUGAUGGUCUGCUUAGAGUUAUGGUACACUGCUUUUCUGGUCUUACUUGCUGGAUACAUGGAAGAUGCCGAGGUCGCAAUAGCCGCCUUCUCCAUUUGUCUGAAUAUUAACGUAUGGGAGUUGAUGAUAAACCUCGGUUUCUUAGGUUCAGCAUGUGUUCGGGUGGCAAAUGAAUUAGGAAGAGGAAACGCUAAAGCAGUGAAGUUUACAAUAAAAGUCUUGUUGGGGACUUCCAUUACCAUAGGCUUAUUCUUCUUCAUUCUUUGUUUGACAUUUGGAAAAAAAAUUGCAUACUUGUUUACAAGCGAUGCCAGGGUUGCAGAUGCAAUAUCGGAUCUCUCUUUUCUUCUUUCUUUUUCGGUAUUGUUGAACAGUGUAUAUCCAGUACUAUCAGGGGUGGCAAUUGGAGCUGGAAUGCAAGGAGCUGUAGCAGUUGUGAACUUCGUUUGUUAUUACAUGAUCGGAAUUCCGUUGGGAGCUUUACUUGGGUAUACGACGACUCUUGAAGUUAAGGGUAUAUGGAUUGGACUGAUUGGUGGUGUUCUAACACAAACAAUUACAAUCGUAUAUAUGAUUUGGAGAACAGAUUGGGAUGAUCAGGUUAAGAAGGCUUCAGAACGUCUCGGUCGAUUUUACUUAAAGUUGAAUGAAGAUCCUUACGAGAUAUCUAAUGAGUGAUGAUUAUGAAAAAGGAUAUGCUUGUGGUUAAAGGGUCAGAAUAUCCCGUCCACCGAACCAGACGUAGGGUUUUGGUUGUUUAUAUCAUCAUAAUUUUUCAUUGUAUUAUUUGACUCAAUGAAAAAAAUGUAAGAUUUAAUAAGGUCUAAUCAUUUUUAUAACAAACACUUAAAAGAGAAACUUUGAAUUAUGUAACAUGACAUUUAUUUACCUGAUUGGUUAUAGUAGUAAGUUAUAAGAUUAACAAAUAAAAAACUCAUACCAUAAUGAACUUACAAGAAAAGGAAACUUUACAAAAUUAUGGUAACUUAAGACUUCAACAAAACUUUUUAGUGCUUUUCUUGGUUUCAAAGUAAAAUGAUUCAAAUUGUGAAUUAUAAAAUCUUAAAUUUCAAUCAAGUGUUUUACUACCGUUUUAAAAGAAACUUAGUUGAUGGUUUUUACUGACGCCCUGUUCUUAAGUUUUUUUAAGGAACGAAAGGGGAGGAAGAGAUGUUCUUGAGUAUUAUUAAGGAGGGGAAGAGAAGGACAAUAGGUGUUCUUGAGUUUUUUUAAGGAGUGAAAGGAAGGAAAUGAAAGGAAUUGUGUUCUCGAGUUCUUUUAAGAAAGGAAAAGGAAUCAAAUGAAAUGAAAGAAAAGAAAGAACUUAUUUUGUAAGAUUUAUUUCCUUCCAUUUUUGGAUGAUUAGGAGGGAAAUAGAGAAAAAAAAAGGAAUAGGAAAUAAAUGAAAAGUUACUAAUAUUUCCUUUCAUUCCUCUUUUUUUCCCUUC